AUUUUGGUAGGCUGUCAGUCUACUGUUUAACUCAGCAAUCGAUAUGUAGCUUUAACAUCUAUUUACUCUAGAAAUGUAAAACUUUGAGUCUGAUAUGAGUCAACGAGUCAGAGAAAGUCACCUCUGUCUGAUGAGCGAAUAUUGAGCUUUACCAGUUGGCUCAGACCCUCCAGCGGAGUUACUUAUGGAGAACAACACAACAGCUGAGUUUGUCUGCAACCACACGGAUGCAUGGGACUGGGUUUACACUAUGCAGCCUGCCUAUAUGUCGAUCAUCUGUCUUCUGGGAGUAAUCGGCAACUCCUUCGUGCUUUGCGUCCUCUGUCUUCAGAAGCGGAGAAGUUCUGUUGCUGACAUUUACCUGAGCAAUCUGGCAGCGGCUGAUCUCCUCAUGGUUUCCUGUCUGCCGUUCUGGGUAUCAACUAUAAUCAACAAGUUCCACUGGAGAUUUGGGGAGUUCAUGUGCCAGCUUAUCAAUAUUGUCAUUGGGAUGAAUUAUUAUUGUAGUGUGUUGUUCCUUACGGUUGUGAGUAUGGACAGAUAUCUGGCUCUCACUAAACCAUUGUCCCAAGGAAGGCAGAGGCAGGCUUUCUGGGCACAUGGAAUUUGUGUAACCAUUUGGAUUGUUGGUAUCUUCCUCAGUUUUCCUGCUUUUCUUUUCCGCUCUGUGCAGUUCUUCCCCCAUUUGGGCAUUGAUGCAUGCUACCUAGACUACCCCCAUGAAGGGUGGCGAUUGCGGUACAACAUAACUGUGAACAUAGUCUGCUUUCUCAUUCCUGUCCCAAUUGCAUCGUUCUGUAGUUACCACAUCACUAAAGUCAUUUUAAAGAGACAGAAGAUGAGAAGAAGCAACAGCGGGAGCGCGGAGAGGAAGGCAGCGUACCUUGUGCUUAUUGUUUUGGCUGUGUUCGUCCUCUGCUGGCUGCCUUACCAGAUUCUGAUCUUCUUUGACACCUUGGAUCACUAUGAGGUCAUCUCUGGAUGCACGUGGGCAUAUGUGCUGGACAUUGGCAACCAGUUAGCUACGUACCUUGGCUACAGCAACAGUGCAUUGAAUCCUUUCUUGUAUGUGAUUGUUGGGAAGAACUUUAGGGAGCGGGCAAGGGAAGUGUUUAAACCCCUUCUAUGCAGGAAAAAAGACCAGUGUGAGGCAUCUGGUCAUGGUAAUGCCAAUCUCAUCUCAAGUAAACAAACAGAGAGCACGAAAAUCUAAAUUAAUUUACACAUAAAGAGUAAACUCUGUUUAAAAUAUAUUUGUGAAUGAAUUGAAUUUCAUGUAUUAAUAUUUUUUAUGUUGUUGGAUUAGGGUCUAAUAAGAGGGCCUGCCCUGGCCUUUGAAGCAUAGCUUUACUUUUUAAUUUUUGUUUUCAAAUUAGUGUUUCAUUUUCCAGUCAAUUAAAGCUUCUCUUCAUCCACACAAAUGACGGUAAACUCAAAGGUUAAAAAUUACUUGUCUUACAGUAAUUCUUUGCAUGCUAAAAGCAAACAAUAAAUCUCUAUGACACUAUCUGUAAAACAAAUUCAAACAUGUAGAAAACUGAUCUUUUCACAUUCUUGGCAUGUUUGUCCACAACCACGUUGCACUUGUUUCCAGACAGUAUCAAUUUCUCUUAGCAACAAGCUAAAACAAGUCCUUCUGGCAUGUACCGUUACUACAAGCUUAGUUUGGUUCUUUUCUUGGGAGGACCGAUGUGUAACCUGUAAUUUAGGAACCUAUUUUGAACUGUAACCAGCUUAGUAAAACUUUAAUAAAGUUGUCCUUG